CAGAUCGUGUGUACCGUCCAAGCACCUUCUCACUAGAGUCAGCCAUGAGCUUCUUCCUAUCUGGACUGAGAGCGUCUAAUACUAAGACUGUGAAGCACCUUAAGAAGAUACCAGAGGGCUCUCACCAACAUGACAUGAUGAAGCAUGCGGCCGCUACCCUGGGCAGUGGGAAUCUUAAACUGGCUGUGCAACUACCAGAUGGUGAAGACCUCAACGAGUGGAUCGCCGUCAACAGUGGUGGCAGAAGGUGCCAAUGGUCCCACUACUAUUGCUGCUGAGAAGAUUCUGAUGGAUCGCAACAUUAUGGUCAUCCCUGACCUGUUUGCAAAUGCUGGAGGAGUUACUGUGUCCUAUUUUGAGUGGCUCAAGAAUCUCAACCAUGUCAGUUAUGGACGGUUGACCUGGAAACACGAGGAAGACUCCAACAAUCAUUUACUAGACAGUGUCCAGCGUAGUCUAGAGGCCAAGUUCUCUGGAGGUCGUGCUGGGUCUAUCCCCAUCACAGCCACCCCUGCAUUCAGUGCUCGCAUUGCUGGAGCUAGUGAGAAGGACAUCGUCAACUCUGGUCUAGAAUACACCAUGGAGAGAUCUGCCAAGCAAAUCAUGCGAGCUGUUCGUGAGUACAACCUUGGUCUGGACCUAAGGACCGCUGCUUAUGUGUGUGCACUGCAGAAGAUGUACACAGUCUACCUAGCGGCUGGCAUCACCUUGUAGCUGCAUAGAGAACACCUGAUAGUGAACAUUGUACCUUCCUACCUGCUAGCUUAUUUUUUGGUAUGUCUGUGGCUUUUAAACACUACAUGUAUGAUUGUACAUUACAUUCUGAAUAA